CGGUGGUGUGUGCGGGGCCACCGUAUGUGCGCGCAGUACUCGCACCGCCUGCCAGUGUGUACCCACUACAUCAAUAGCACCAUUGCAGAGGGUGCUCUUUAGCCUUUGCAUUUAGUGGCAGAGAAGCCGUACUCGUGAAAGAUUUAAGAAUACUUCAAAUUUCAACAACAUCUGACACUAGUGAAGGACCCUGGAUUGGACACUCUGCAGCAGCGGAUUUUUCGUGGCGCGUGUCUCCGUGGCUCGUUAGAGGAUGUGGCCUGGCCUGCCAUAAACUGGACUGAUUAGAGAGACGCUCAGGACCCUCUGGGACACCCUUCAGAAAGGAGGCUGAACGUUCCCCUGCACCCCCCUCCCCCGCCAGACUGCGGCCCAGACACGGUAACUCACCACACGGUACAGCACAGCUAAAGCCAGCAUCUCCCCCACAACAACCAAGUGUCCACGGCAAAGCAAUGACUGAAGGUACCUGCAGUACAGACGUCAAGGAGAACCGCAACCUGGACAACCUGUCCUGCAAGGAGGCUGCGGGGGGGGAGGCACUGAUGCCCAACGGGGGCGGGGGGGCCCGCAAGCGGCCCCUGGAGGAGGGCAACAACGGCCACGCGCACUCCAAGUUCCGGCCCAAGAAGCGCAAGAAAACCCCGGGGCCCGUGCUGCCCAAGAACGCGCUGAUGCAGCUGAACGAGAUCAAGCCGGGCCUGCAGUACAAGCUGCUCUCGCAGACGGGCCCCGUGCACGCGCCCGUGUUCGUCAUGACCGUGGAGGUCAACGGGCAGCUGUUCGAGGGCUCGGGCCCCACCAAGAAGAAGGCCAAGCUGAACGCGGCGGAGAAGGCGCUGCGCUCCUUCGUGCAGUUCCCCAACGCCUCCGAGGCCCACCUGGCCAUGGGCCGCACGCUGACCGUCAACACCGACUUCACCUCCGACCAGGCCGACUUCCCCGACAUGCUCUUCAACGGGUUCGAGACCCCCGCCCCGCCGGACGACGCCUUCUUCCUGGGCGCCAACGGCAACGGGGCGCUGGGGGAGUACCCCCUGCCCCCCAGCCUGGCCCCGCCCCCGCUGCCCGCCCCCGCCGCCUUCUCGCCGCCCCCCUCCGGCGGGAAGAACCCGGUGAUGAUCCUGAACGAGCUGCGGCCGGGCCUGAAGUACGACUUCGUGUCGGAGAGCGGCGAGAGCCACGCCAAGAACUUUGUGAUGUCGGUGACGGUGGACGCGCAGAGCUUCGAGGGCUCCGGGCGCAACAAGAAGCUGGCCAAGGCCCGCGCCGCCCAGGCUGCCCUCUCCGCCCUCUUCAACAUGCAGCUGGACCAGACGCCCUCCCGCCAGCCAAUCCCGCGCGAGGGCCUGCAGCUGCACCUGCCCCAGGUCCUGGCGGAUGCCGUCUCCCGUCUGGUGGUGGACAAGUUCAGCGAGCUGACAGACAACUUCACCUCCCCUCACGCACGGCGGAAAGUCCUGGCAGGGGUCGUCAUGACAACAGGCACUGAUGUCAAGGAAGCCCAGGUCAUCUGCGUUUCCACGGGAACAAAGUGCAUUAACGGCGAGUACAUGAGCGACCGCGGCCUGGCGCUGAACGACUGUCACGCAGAGAUCAUCGCCCGGCGCUCGCUCAUCAGAUACCUGUACACCCAGCUGGAGCACUUCCUCAGCAACAGCAAAGAAGAGCAGCAGAAGUCCAUAUUCAUCCGGUGCGAGAAGCACGGCUACCGCCUGAAGGACAAUGUGCAGUUCCACCUGUACAUCAGCACCUCACCCUGCGGAGACGCCCGCAUCUUCUCCCCCCACGAGGCCGGCGUGGAAGACCAGGGAGAUCGGCACCCCAACAGGAAGGCUCGGGGGCAGCUGAGGACCAAGAUCGAGUCUGGGGAAGGAACCAUCCCGGUCCGCUCUAGCAACACUAUCCAGACCUGGGACGGGGUGCUGCAGGGGGAGAGGCUACUCACCAUGUCCUGCAGCGACAAAAUCGCCAGGUGGAACGUGGUUGGGAUCCAGGGCUCGCUCAUGAGCUACUUCACAGAGCCCAUCUACUUCUCCAGCAUCAUUCUGGGCAGCCUGUACCACGCAGACCACCUCUCCCGCGCCAUGUACCAGCGCAUCGCUGACAUCCAGGACCUGCCACAGCAGUUCACCCUGAACCGGCCAUUACUGAGCGGUAUCAGUAACGCAGAGGCGCGGCAGCCCGGUAAGGCUCCUAGCUUCAGUGUGAACUGGGCGAUCGGGGACCAGGCUCUGGAGGUGAUCAACGCCACCACAGGGAAGGACGACAUGGGGCGGCCCUCCCGUCUGUGCAAGCAGGCCCUCUACAGCCGCUGGGUGCGCCUGCACUGCAAGCUGUCCCCGACCCUGAGGAUCAACGUGUCCAAGCCCAGCACGUACCACGAGGCCAAGCAGGCCGCCCUGGAGUACCACUCCGCCAAGCAGACGCUCAUCAAGGCCUUCCACGCGGCCGGUCUGGGGGCCUGGGUCAAGAAGCCCACGGAGCAGGACCAGUUCUCCCUCAGCUCCUGAGGGAGAGCCCUCUCCACCAACCCACCCACCCAUUCAUCCACCCAUCCACCCACCACCCCUCCAACCGCCCUGUGAGAGUGUGUGAGAAAGAGAGAGAGAGAGAGAGAGAGAGUGAGAGAGUGUGAGAGUG